UCUCCGGUCGUCGCCGGCAGAGCUCGGGUUCCGAGCUUCGCGGACCGAGGGGCGGGGGCCGGGGCGCGGAUGCUGGAAGUUCACAUCCCGUCGGUGGGGCCCGAGGCUGAGGGCCCCAGGCAGAGCCCAGAGAAAAGCCACAUGGUGUUCCGAGUGGAGGUGCUGUGCCGCGGACGCAGACACACGGUGCCGAGGCGCUACAGCGAGUUCCACGCGCUGCACAAGCGGAUCAAGAAACUGUACAAAGUGCCUGACUUCCCCUCAAAACGCCUGCCCAACUGGAGGACCAGAGGAUUGGAGCAGCGGCGGCAGGCCUUGGAGGCCUAUCUCCAGGGCAUUCUGUACCUGAACCAGGAUGUGCCCAAGGAGCUACUGGAGUUCCUGAGUCUUCGGCACUUCCCCACAGACCCCAAGGCCAGCAGCUGGGGAUCACAGCUGCACCACCGGCCUGUCGUCAGCUUCUGCGUGGAUCCCUACAUUUCCAUCCCAUCCCCAGAGCCUCUGCCCGAUGUGGUGGUGAAUGGCGUGCUCGAGGGCCUCUAUGGCUUUAGCACCAGCACAGCUAAAGCCCAGCCAGAGACUCCCUAUCACCCUGCUCCUCCACCACUGAUGCCCUGACCAGUCCAGAGGCCUUUGGGCCACCUACCAGGACAGUCACGUGCCUCAGUCCUAUAAGCCCCAUAUAAGAGAUGUAGGCUGGGUGCCCCCUGGCCUGGACCCAAGACUUACCCACCCCAGGCUCAGAACUCAGCUGGACCGGUAGCUGGGGGUGGUCGAACUCCUGCACUUAGAGCCCACGGCUGGGGCAGGGACAAGAGAGG